GUGGUGUUGUGUUUUGACCGUGUGUUCUGGGAUCCCAGCGUGAACCUGUUUGGUCACGUCGGCUCCACCACUGCGAGCCGAGGAGAACUCUUCCUCUUCUGGAACCUUUAUAAAGCCCCAAUCCUGCUGGCUCUGAUGGCCGGCGAGGCGGCAGGCAUCAUGGAGAACAUCAGUGACGAUGUCAUCGUAGGACGCUGCCUUGCAAUCCUUAAAGGCAUCUUUGGAAGCAGCGCUGUACCUCAGCCAAAGGAAACGGUGGUCACUCGAUGGCGUGCCGACCCCUGGGCGAGGGGCUCCUACUCGUACGUGGCGGCAGGUUCCUCGGGUAACGACUACGACCUGAUGGCUCAGCCCAUCACGCCCGGCCCGGCCAUUCCUGGAGCCUCGCAGCCCGUUCCGCGCCUCUUCUUCGCCGGCGAGCACACCAUCAGAAACUACCCGGCCACGGUCCACGGCGCCCUGCUCAGCGGGCUCCGAGAGGCCGGGCGCAUCGCCGACCAGUUCCUGGGGGCCAUGUACACGCUGCCGAGACAAGCCACGCCCACAGCCACCAGCAAUCCUCAGCAAGCCCCGCCCACCGCCACCGUCUGAAACCAACCCCGCGUUGAGUUUCCUUCGUGUCGUCCGUCACAGCUCACGGAAAAAAUGGACGGGUUUACCCAGAAACUGCUGGAAGAAUGGAGACGUGUCGAGUUUAUUUUCUUCACCAGAGMGUUUCUUUUGGAUUUGAGGAUUUAAAGACUGGGCUUUCAUCAAACAUUAGUUUUAUUUUUACAGUUUCCACGGGAUGUAAUUAAGUUCAUGAAGUGACCUGAAGCCUCUGACCUUCAGAGCCAAAAAAAAAAAAACAACAAACAUUUAAAGAUUCAAGAACGGCUGAAAACUCUCAUCAACCUAAAAAUGUAUUUUAUCGUUGACCAAGUCGCUCACACGCUCACCCCACAGAAACUCUAUUGAAGGAAGACUGUUCCUUCUUGUUACACUAGAGCUCGUCUUGGUUUCCAUCGAACUAUACUCUGAACUGUAGCUCCUCGGAAAUUUAACUAUUUAGGCAACAUAGUGUAGCGUAACAGUUUGUAAUUAAAAGUAAAACAAAAGAUAUUAUGAAAGGGUUCUUUUUGUUGCCAAUGCAAGUUUUUCUGUUUAGUUGUCGAGACUUUUUUUUUAUUAUUGUCACAUAAUUUGUUAAUAAAAGAACAAAGCAA